CACUUCACUGAUUCUUUCUCUACUUGAUUUUUCAUCUUGUUGCUUUUAAGGAUUUUGGGUUUAUUUCAUUUGUGAAUAGAGAAGAUGGAAUUAGAUCUUUCUCCGAAGUUGGCUAAAAAAGUGUACGGUGAUGAUGGUGGAAGCUACUAUGCUUGGUGCCCCAGUGAACUCCCCAUGUUGCGUGAAGGCAACAUUGGUGCUGCCAAGUUGGACCUUGAAAAGAAUGGUUUCGCCCUUCCACGUUAUUCUGAUGCAUCCAUGGUUGCAUAUGUCCUUCAAGGAACCGGUGUUGCCGGGAUUAUUAUCCCUGAAUCUGAGGAAAGAGUGAUUGCAAUCAAGAAGGGUGAUGCAAUUGCUCUCCCUUUUGGUGUUAUCACCUGGUGGUAUAAUAAGGAGGACACUGAGUUGGUGGUUCUGUUUAUGGGAGAUACCUCAAAAGGCCACAAAGCCGGUCAAUUUACUGAUUUCUUUUUGACCGGUGCCAAUGGCAUCUUCACUGGUCUUACAAUUGAUUUUGUGAAAAGAGCAUGGGAUGUAGAUGAUGAUACCGCUAAAGCUCUUAUUGGCAACCAACAAGGCAAAGGCAUUGUCAAGCUUGAUGCCAGUGUUAAGAUGCCUGAACCAAAGCCGGAUCACCGAAAAGGAAUGGCUUUAAACUGCGAGGAAGCUCCAUUAGAUACAGAUAUCAAGAAUGCUGGCAAUGUAGUUUUGUUGAACACUAAAAACCUACCUUUAGUUGGUCAGGUCGGGAUGGGCGCUGAUCUCGUUAGGUUAGAAGGUAAUGCAAUGUGUUCGCCUGGCUUUUCUUGUGAUUCGGCCUUGCAGGUUACAUAUAUUGUCAAGGGCAGUGGUCGUCUCCAAGUUGUGGGUGUUGAUGGCAAAAGGGUCCUGGAAACCAUUGUGAAGGAAGGUAACCUGUUGAUUGUGCCAAGGUUCUUUGUUGUUUCAAAGAUUGCUGAUCCAGAUGGUUUGUCAUGGUUCUCAAUCAUCACAACUCCCAACCCUGUAUUCACUCACUUGGCUGGGAGCAUUGGGGCAUGGAAGGCUAUCUCCCCUGAAGUUCUGCAGGCAGCUUUCAAGGUUUCGGCUGAGACAGAGAAGCUUUUCAGGUCCAAGAGAACCAAUGAUGCUAUCUUCUUUCCUCCACCAAAAUGAAGAAACGAAUCUCUCAAGUUCUGUGCUGGUUUUAGUUUAGAUUUCUUUGUGUGUUUUCCUCCAAAUAAAUUGUUUUUAGGCAU